GUACUCACCAGCGCCACCACAAACACCAGUAGGUCCCAGCGCACCGAUCUUUUUGAAGGAACUACGGCAUCAACCGUUGAAACCUUCAGAGGUCAUGGUGAUGGAGGCAAGAGUUGCAGGUGUGCCGCAUCCUCAAGUCGAAUGGCUCAAAAACGGGAAACCUUUACAGAACUACCGAGCGAAAAUCGAGCACGAUCCACAGACGGGCAUUGUUUCGCUGACGAUUUCACAGAUGUUCAACGACGACGUCGGGGAAUACACGUGUCGCGCCAGCAACAUCCACGGAGAGGCGUCAUCUUCUGCUCAGCUGCUCAUCCGCGAACAAUACGAUCGAUGGUUUGCUGAGGAACAGAGCCGGCUCACUCGAGAUCGAAGGCAAGCACA